AAUGGUGUGCACUCGUCGUAUCUGGUGCUGGUGGUACACAUUUCAUGCUUGCUGCACGUUAAAAACUUUCUCAAAGAAAUGAGGCAGCCCAACCCGCUAGUAGUAGCUACAAGUGGUGUGGAAGCGUUUAUUUUUAAUGAUCCGCUGCCCGAUCGCUUGCAACAGCAUGUGAGCGAAAGGUGCGUGUGUGUGUUGUGUGUAUGUGUAUGGUACUGGAUGAUCUUGCCCUUCUGCCGUUGCUUGUUUUCAUCCCAGCAGGCCACGGUUGCGCCGAAGCAAAAGCUGUCAAAAAUUGCGCAAUGCCCGAGCAAAACAUAGGGUAGAAUGAAAUUGUUGACGGAGGCAAGUUUGCACUCAGCACAGCUGAUGAUUUUCUGUUAUUUUCAUGCAAUUUACAGCUUGCAGGCGCAUGCAUGUGUAGAUGCUGUAAGUUAGUUUGUUGGCAGUAGUACAACACCUUCCGGAUGGGAGGUGGAACCUGUGUUAGUUGUAGCUAUUGAAAUUGAGUAGUACUGCAACCGGCAAUGACUAUCCAGCCAAGAUGCACUGUUCCACUAUAUGCGAUAAACGUAUCGACAUUCGAAUCAGUUAACUUAUUUGUUCUAAAGGAUGUUGUGUCGCUUGUAAGGGGUGUCUGAGAAAUUACAGAGCCAUCGUGUAGCCUUGAACGGUUGCUCACAGAUUCAUCGGACGCGACCCAAAGUCGAGAUAGCGAUGGGAAUGAUUGCGCACAGUUGAGCUACUGCAGAGUGUACUGUGUAAACGCCAUAUCAACCGGUCAUACUUGCUCUGGAAUCAAAACGAGCAGCAGAAGUUUUAUUUGUUCGCGGGGAAGAAAAAAAGCGAAACAUCUUGGGAUUCACCGUGCUGUGUAGUGCUGUGUUUGUAGCCGGCACGAUCUGGGUCGUGUUUUGCGGUUCUUUCCAUGACAAACAUACAUACUAGUUGCGAAACAAACGGCAUCAAUUGCUGAACGAUAUCGCAUCUCAGCAGGCUGAGUUGUUUGUAAUGCGCACUGUUAAGGGAAGACGACACACGACACAAGUGCCGUGUAAAUAGUGUGACCUGGGAUAAAAUCUUUCGUGUACACGACACAUCGGAAGUGAUCGUUCAAAUUCCAUUCUGGCAGUAUUUAAACAAACAUCUCUUCGUUAUCAAGCCGCUGAAAGCAGUACACGUUUUGCGGGACAAUUAUUGAUCGAUGACGUAUUAUAUAUGAACAACUGAAGGUUCCUAAAGAUCACAAUCAGCCAUCAUUGUUGUGGAAUAAGGCGUGUACGAUCGACGGUGACUAGUGUGGUUGCUUCGAUUGUUUACAGGAAACUGGCCAAUACUGGGGAUCUUUAUUCGAUUUGGAUGGUACAAUUGGGGUGUUACUUCUCUCAGCAAAGAGCUUUUGAAGACGUUUCAGAUUGAGUCGCAAGGAUCAGCGUUGAAGAAUGUAAUGUUGACCAUCUAACGAUAAGAAAGAUAAAUCUUCAAGCCCGUGGGGCACAUCUUUGCGAGUGCCACACUCAAACUGGAUACACCUUCGUACAACCGCGCACUGGAGUUUUAGUAAGGCGUACAACGCGUGAAGGUAGUGUGGACAGAGCAUAGCAACGAUCAAGCGUAAAGCGCCAAACACUACCCGAUCGCAACAUACCGACAGCCACAAUUAUAUGUCAUGAAUUCGGACGAAUAUGAACAGCUGCCGACGUCGAGUGUGCCGGCCAUUAUGACGGCCGGUGCGAUAGCCGGUGUGAUGGAGCAUUGCGUCAUGUACCCGCUGGACUCGGUGAAAACCCGCAUGCAGUCGCUCACACACAUGAAAGCGCACGACACAAUCAUGUCGACGAUGCGCGAUAUGAUCAGGAACGAGGGGCUAAUGCGUCCGUUCCGGGGCGUGAUGGCGGUGGUGGCCGGCGCCGGACCGGCCCACGCACUGUACUUCGGUGCGUACGAGUGCUCGAAGGAGAUGAUCGCCACAGUUUCCGAUCGGGAUCACCUGAACUAUAUGUUAUCGGCGACCGCAGCAACGCUCGUGCACGAUGCCGUCUCGAACCCGGCGGAUGUGGUGAAACAGCGGCUACAGAUGUACAACUCACCGUACAGAUCGAUCCUGCACUGUGCCACCCAGGUGUACCGGACGGAAGGUUUGCGGGCGUUCUACCGGUCCUACUCGACGCAGCUCGUUAUGAACAUACCCUACUCGGCGAUCCAGUUCCCGACGUACGAGUUCUUCCAGAAGCUGCUCAACAAAGACAAUAAAUACAAUCCCCCUGUACAUAUGGUGGCGGGUGGGGCGGCCGGUGCAGCCGCAUCCGCCCUGACGACACCGCUCGAUGUUUGCAAGACGCUGCUGAACACGCAGGAGGACGGUGCCGGCAAAACGCGCGGGCUCGUCGAGGCGGCAAAGAAAAUUUACCACACGGCAGGAAUGAUGGGUUUCUUCAAGGGUAUGCAAGCGCGCGUCCUGUACCAGAUGCCGGCCACCGCGAUCUGCUGGUCGACGUACGAGUUCUUCAAGUACAUCCUGUCGCGCGUGAAGAAACCGAUCGCUGGUGGAUCGACGACCGGCGGAAGCACACGGGCGUUAGCUGUCGCCGACGAGGACAAAACGCCAACGAUAACCGAUCUGCGGUACAUGAUACCGGCGAGCGCUUCCGUCAGUGCCGAAGCGUCCCCGACUGGGUGCAGCGGUGUCAACAGUGCCAGCUUGCUGAUCCGAAGCCAGGAGCGGGACGGUGCGGGCGGUACGGUGGGCGGCGAUAAUAAGGGUGGUGGCAGCCCGGCCGGGUUGAUACCGCGCGGUGGUCCCGAACUGCCGGCCAUGUCGGGCGCCGGCAUCUACGGAGCGAUGAGCUACAACACGAUGCACUCGAAUGAUACAAACCACCUAACCGACGUCCGAAGGACGAACUAGAGCCUGAAGAAAAACGGGACACAGGUCACAACAGACAGCGGUCCCUUCCCGAAACAGCACGACCGACGACCGGCACUCGAAGUGCGGACCCGGUCUGCUGAUAAGUUAAUAAUAUUGUUGGUUUAGCGUUUUUAGAUGAAGCAGAACACAAAACAAAGGAGGAGAAAACAAACAAACAAAAAAACAGCAAAUCGACGAUCACGCAGAGCGUCUAUACCAAGCGGAGGACGCGAGAAUUGUGAGAUGUGCUUACCGUGUUGCGGAAGUACGACACAGAUAGUGUUAGAUAGAGCGGUAAAAGCGAAGCGAAGGUGAACAUGGGAAUGCGAGUGAGAAGUGUAUUGUGUGGAUAUGCGUGAGCCCGCGCGCAUUGAGAGAUCGGCUUCGAAGAACCACCUGUCCCUGGGCGCAGUCAGUAUGCAUUAACGCACCUUACAAAGUACAGCGUUUUGUUAAGUUUACAUUAUCCCUGGCGGAACGGUAGAAAGGGCCCAGCAACAAGCACCGAGUUGAGGGCAGAUGAAUGAGUGAACAGUGAAUGUUACUGUUGUUACCGUUUGUAAUUUUGCAUCGGCAUGGAGGCGCACGGUCGCUCAAUUGACUCGAAGCCAUUUCAGUGGACCGUUAAGGGGACAAAGGAGGGCACUGCUCAUUGUCGUUUGCUGCAAACCUUCUGCCAUAGGGCGCUAUAUAGCACACGGAGCGCAUGUCUCGAAGACAUCGUUUUAGUGUGCCGUUUUGUGUGCUAAACCAGUGCAUUACGUUCCUGCUGUAUUAUCAUGCAACCACUAUAACCGUUUGUUGUGUCCGUGUGCGGGUGUGUCAGGCCAUUUAAAUAAUGUACCGGCACAAUGUAUCCGCAUUGCAUCAAACGUUCUGUUUCGGAUUUGAUGAGAAAGACAGAACAUUGCUUAGAGCUGCCACAUAUAUUCAUCAAAUUAUUAGUGUUCGCACAGUUGGAGGAACGAUCUUCACAACGACAAAUGAAAACGGAAACAUGCGAAAAGGAUAAGAUCCCCUUUCCCGGCUUGUACUCGGGGAUACGCAAGUGUAUUAUGCGCAAAACCAUUUGCAAAUUUAGAACUAUCUAGCCAGGAAAGAUUCUUUCGAGGCAGCGAUGAUUUGGCGUACUUUUAUACUCAUUAUAAUUUUGUAUUGUUUUAGGAAUGCCAUGUAAAUGUACAGUUUGGAAAACAAAAUUUUGAACAUAUUCCUUUCCUUCGUGCGGUGUGCAGUUUUCGUGGUGAACUUGUUUUGUUUUUCUCGAUAAUUUGAUAUUUAUGAUCAGGUUAUGGUAUUAAACAGGGAUUCCCCCCCCCCCCCCCCCCUGCAAAGUUUCAUGCUUGUGAUAAUACUUCGAUUUUUGUCACAAGUGUUUUUGGGUUCCUGUAGUUAUUGGACCUUGGGCGGUAGGAAGGAAGAAGCUACGGAGGGCAAACAUUUAGGAUAAAAUCAAAGAAAUUAAAUUAAAAUGUUAUAAAAUAAUAAUGUUUGCGCACAGAGGAUCACAGUUUUCAACUGACCAGACGAUAGCCUAGUGGAAAAUCAAUCCGAAGAGUCAAUUAAACGGAAAGUGGAGUGCGUGCCGCGUACCGCGUAAUGGACCGAGGGAGGGAUAACGUCAUUUUGAAAAUGUAUACCUCAGUUUCACUUUAAAGUGUGUUCUUCGUAUCCUCGAUUUCAGUGUUGUAGAUUCAGACUAACAUGCGUAAGGAUGUCGUUAAACACACACAAACUCUUGUGGAUGUUGUUUGUUUUUUUUUCCUUGGCCCGUAAAAAUGGUCAGUUAGCUGCGGUGAAUCAGAUAUAGGAAAGAGUCAGGCAAGCAAGGCUAUUGGUACGACGUUUCUUCACAUCUAGAGAUGAAACCCCUUCCCCACCCCCCCCCAGGUACAAAGUGCAGAAUGCUGUAAGCACGAACACAAAAUGGCAAAACGGACAACAGUCACAAACACGUACACACGCUCGUCCACAGAGAUUCGAAAGAAUAAAAACAAAAUACUAUUUCAACAACCUGUAUAUGCAUUGAAACAGUUGAACAGUA